AUGAUAAUAUUUCGGUUCACAAAUUCAUACUCAGAUUUACAAUUGCAUUCAAUAACUUUUAGCACCAAAUACUUCACAAAUAAUUUACCACCCGUCGUAGUUUUAAGUGUUUCAGUUAUUGAAGCCAAAAAUUUGGAAGCGAAGGAUUUAAAUGGAUUCAGUGAUCCUUAUUGUAUUCUCGGAGUAAUAUUUGGUCGUUAUGUAGGUCAAAAUGAAAAGUUAACAACACCUGAUUCAUGUGUAAAGACUGCAACCACAACAUCUAGUCAAAAUGAUCUAGAAAGUGCACAAACUAUACGACCUACGUCGGGAAGAAAGGGGUUGGAUAAUAAUCGUGUGACAUUCACACGUUCUUCAUUCCGACGUUUUAGUCAAUCUUUUAAUAAACGUACACAACAAAGUGACAAAUUACAUUCAUCUCAUAGUGAAUCAUUCAAAAUAUCUGGUACUACAUCACCUAAAUCUGUAGUGAAUAAAGAAGGACAUAUCCCAGUUGGGAUAAUGAAAUCAACUCAGGUCAAAGAGCAAACAUUAAAUCCUGUUUGGAACGAAACUUUUCGAUUUAUAGAAGUCUUUUUUGAUGUUGAAGAUUAUUAUUUCUCUAUUGAUAUCUAUAUUUACCAUGAAAUUUUCAAAUUCCUUUACGUUUUAUCCCAAUAA